AGAGGGUUCACUGAGGAGGAGGUCUGGUCUGCCUCUGGUUCUGGUUCUGGUCCUGGUCCUGGUCCUGGUCCUGGUUCUGGUUUCAUAAUCUGGACUCCUGAGCAGAGAGAUGAGACUGAAGAUCAGCAGCUACUGAGACCACAGACAGACAGACAUGGACAAACAGAAAGUGCUGGCCAAGCUGAUCUGGGACCUGCCGUCCUUCCUGUCUGUCCUGGACUCAGAGAACCUGAGUAACGUCGCUAAGACUCAGAAGAAAAACAUCUCAGAGCUGCUGUCCAAACUGCAGUCAGACGACACCCCUGUGGAAGAUGCCGAGUACAUGAUCAUGAGCUGUCCGUCAUCGUCUCCUAGCAACGAGCUGGCAGACUCACCUGGGACAGAAGGUGUUCGGUCCUCUGAGCUGGUCUUAAAGCAGGACUCCCUGGUGUGGCUGAGAGACGCAGGCCUCGUGGUGCCGCCCCUCCCUCCAGGAGGUCCAGGAGGUGAUGAUGAUGAUGAAGAUACCUACGAGGAGGCUGAACCGUACCUACCUGACACGACCACGUCUAACACUGAGAAGGCGGAGUCAGACAGCAGCCACUACGAGUCGUACGGGGAGGAAGAUGACGAUGACGAGGAGCCGGCGAAGGACAGAGCUCACUACAUCCAAUGGAGCGCCUCCCAGCCCUGCCUAAGACCCGCCCCCGAGUCACGCCUCUGUGGUUACCUGUGGAAGAGGAAGUGGCUCGGACAGUGGACCAAACAGCUGUUCAUCAUCCGGAGUGACGUGCUGCUGUGCUAUAAGUGUGCCCAGGACCUGCUGCCUCAGCUGGAGUUGAACCUGCGCGGCUGUCAGCUUCACUACAAGUCAAAGAGCAACAGGAAGAUCCAGCACCAGCUCAAACUGGUUCUACUGGGCUCAGAGACGCUGGUGCUGGGCUACAACAGCUACCAGCAGGCCGACGAGUGGAGAAGGGUGAUAGAGGAGGUGAGUGUUGGAGGUGAAGUGGAGAUCAGAUCAGAGCCGCUGCUGUCCUGCAGGUCCAGUACAGUCCAGACUGACUCUGAGGAGGAGAAACCUGCAGCCGGCUGCAGCCAACACAAACACAAAGGUGUCCUGAGCGUGCUGAUGAACUGUCAGUGGCAGAAUUUACUGUGUCGGGUGGAGCAGGGUUUACUCAACAUGUUCGGAGAGGAAGAGGAGGAGGAGGAGGAGGAGGUGAAGAGGUCGCCUCAGUACACCGUCCAGCUCAGAGGAUGUGAUGUCAGAGCCGGGCCCGACACCGACCGCUCAUACAGGAUCACACUGAGCAUGCUCGGUGACCAGGUGGCCAUGCUGGAGGUGAGUAGCUCAGGUGAGAAGGAGCGAUGGUUGAAGCUGCUGCAGGACGGAGCUGCUGCCAACACUCAGGAUCACUCAGGUGGAGCUCUCAGUGGGCUUCAGAUUCGAAGGUUUCCCUCCUCUAACACCUACAUGGACGACCCGUUCCAUCUGAGUGGAACCGGCCCGGACCAGCCCAUCUACUCCAACACCCCCGUACUGGAGCACAUGCUGCUCAGCUCUCAGGAUUCAGACCGCUGCAGCUCGGUGUCGUCCAGAGACUCAGUGACCUACAGCAACGCCGUCUUCACCGGCCACAACAGGAAGUCGGUGGAGGUGGAGCGAGGCGUCCAGAAGCUGGAGCUGACCGGGAAGAGGUCGGUGCAGCUGAGGGCGGGGUCAGAGGUCAACCUGACGUCUGCCGGGAAGCAAAACAAGCGCACCUCUUUUAGACAGUCGCUGGCCAUAUGCAGUGAGCGCGCUCAGGCGGGUUUCCUGAACCCUCUGCUGCGACGGACAGCGUCGGCUAAAACGUCUCUGAGACGAGCUCCUUCAGCGCUCUUCAUCGAACACGGGAAGGUUUUCCAGAGGAGGAAGGAAUGGGAAACCAAAGCUGUUGCUUGACACCAUCAUCAUCAUCAUCAUCACCAUCAUCAUCAUCAUCAUCAUCAUCAUCAUCAUCAUCAUCAUCAUCAUCAUCAUCAUCAUCAUCAUCAUCAUCAAAGCGACCGACUGCUUUUGGACAUUUCCAAACUGCUGUUGGUAGUUUUCAUAGACUGAACACAUAAAAUCACUCACACUAAACUUUCUUUAUCAACAUGUCCUGUUAACCACUAAUCCGGGUUCAUUUUAGUCCUUUAGAGGACAAACAAUGUCUUUUUUAGUGUACUUCCUGUUGUUCUAGGAGCUUUGAACCAAAUGAGCCGCAGUCACGUCUUUCUUUAUUUCCACAGAGAGAGUCUGAACUCUGUCAGGUGUGUUUUGUCUUGAUUUAUUGUUGUUGAUUUGUUUUUUAAUUAGUUGUGUUUAGUUUAAUCCCACCUGAUCUCCUUGAUGUCUUAACUGAAACAGUUUUAUAUCUGUUCUCACGUUGAUCUGCACACUGUUAUUAUAUGUUAUUAUAUGUUAUUAUAUACACUUGAUGAUUCAUGUUUAUUUCCAUGUCGGUCACUUGUUUGUAUCAUUUUUAUAUUUACUGGAUUUUUAUAAUAAUCUCAGGAGAACGUUUCUUUGUUGAUGUCGGACUAAACUGUAAAAUGAUAUUGUACUAUUAAAAACUGAAUUUUA